UCAGUUGAAAGCCACUCCAGACACGCGCACAGGCACCCAGACACACACACACACACACACGCACACGCACGCACGCAGAGCGGGAGAGCGCGAGCCGGAGUGCGUGUGAGCGCGCGGAGCAGGGGCAUUAGGAUGGUGAUCAGGCUGUACGUCGCCUCCUCGUCCGGCUCUCUGGCGGUAAAAAAGCGUCAGCAGGAGGUCGUAGGCUUCCUGGAGGCAAACCGGAUCAGUUUUGAGGAGGUGGACAUCACCAUGCUGGAGGACCAGAGACUCUGGAUGUACAAGAACAUUCCAGAAGAGAAACGACCCGAGAAGGGCAACCCGCUCCCCCCUCAGAUCUUUAAUGGAAUGGUCUACUGCGGGGAUUAUGAAGACUUCUUCCUGGCUAAAGAAGCCAACACAGUGUUUUCUUUUCUUGGCCUCAACUCUUAAGCCUCAGGGAAGGAUGCUGAAUCUGAGGGUGUGUGAAUCGCACUCCAGCGCUGAAGCACCGUGGAGCUUCACGAUUUGUGAUUAUUCUCUCUUCAUGAGAGGAUGAAGCCGUCACUGCCAGCUAUGCAUCUGCCAAUUACGCAAACCUCCUCACCUUCAAAGAGACUUCUGCAUACACAAAUACACACAUUUAGACUAAUGAGACAGCGAUGCCAAUUAGUCCAGUGUUUGUGUUGUUGCAUGAAAUGUCUUAUAUAGCAUUCGCACUGACACAGCUUGUGUAAUGUGUGUAUCACUGUGGGUUUUUUUAAUCUAUGACAAUCACUGUAUGUAUUUGUAUGUAUCGCUAUACAAUAUGUGAGAUUGUACUGUAUGUUUGUGAUGUUUUAUGUGUUCUCUAUGUGCGAGUGAUUCUGUUGGAGCAAAUGUCAGCAGUACAAUAAAAAAAAUUGGACAUUGAAUGAAAAGUGGAUGAACCAAACAGGGAGAGUUGAGGCAAAUAAGGAAAUAUGUUUGGCUCCAGGUGUCGUGUUGUCCUUAUAAAAGCUUUGAUAUCCAUUUGAGAUCAGGCCAGAACUCAUGAUCUCAUCAUCCAAUACAGGAAACACAAGCAAAAAUCUCACUAGUCUGUAUUUCCCCUGUCUACACCCAUGCUACAUGUGACCACACUGAAAGAAGCACACUAUAAUCUUUAUUAUUAAUUUCCAAUGUUGGAAAUUGUAAAGUUGUAGCUUUAACUCUGACUGUUACAAAACGCUGACACUGGAGACUCCUUCCAAAAAAUAUUCAAUAAACCUCUCCUCACAUAAA